CGGAAGUGAGCCAGAGUAGGCUAUAUCCGGGUGAGUGGAUAUCUUGAAGUGGGUGAAAGGUGGAGAAGAAGACAGCUUGUCAUUCUUCAGGACUAACAGAUCCGUUCUCCUGGUUUUUGACCCGCCGUCAGACCCACCAUGCUGCAGAACACGGGGAAGUUAGCUGGCUGCACGCUCUUCAUCACCGGAGCGAGUCGCGGGAUCGGGAAAGCCAUCGCUUUGAAAGCAGCUAAAGACGGAGCCAACAUCGUCAUCGCAGCCAAGACCGCCGAGCCCCACCCCAAACUACCAGGAACCAUCUACACCGCCGCCCAAGAGGUGGAGGCGGCGGGUGGGAAAGCUUUGGCCUGCGUUGUUGACAUCCGCGAUGAGCAGCAGAUCGGAGAAGCUGUUCAGAAAGCCGUGGAUAAGUUUGGAGGAAUCGACAUCCUCGUUAACAACGCCAGCGCCAUCAAUCUGACAGGAACUCUGGAGACGCCCAUGAAGAAGGUGGACCUGAUGCUGGGGAUCAACCUGAGGGGGACCUACCUGACGUCUAAACUCGUCAUCCCUCACCUGCUGAAGAGUCGCAGUCCUCACAUCCUGAACCUGUCGCCUCCUCUCAACCUCAACCCCGUCUGGUUCAAAAACCACACAGCUUACACGAUGGCGAAGUACGGCAUGUCCAUGUGCGUGUUGGGGAUGUCUGAGGAGUUCAGAGGUCGAAUUGCUGUCAACGCCCUCUGGCCCCGCACAGCGAUCCUGACGGCAGCCAUGGACAUGCUGGGAGGGGAGGGCGUCGGUAAACAGUGUCGUACAGCUGACAUCAUGGCGGACGCCGCCUACGCCAUCCUGUCCCAGCCAACAGACUACACUGGUCAGUUCCUGGUGGAUGAGGACGUCCUGAAGGGGCAGGGGAUCAAGGACUUUGACCCGUACGCCGUCCAGCCAGGUCACCCCUUGCUGCCAGACUUCUUCCUGGAUGAAGCUCCUGAGAGUCUGGCUCAACAGAUGGAACAGCACGGGGCAACGCCGGCCUUCAAACCACCAGCGUCCUCAUCAGCCACGCCUCCCUCCAGUGGACCAAUAGAAAGCACCUUUGAUGUCAUCAGAGGGGUCAUCAACGAGGACGUGGUCAAGUCAACGCAAGGCAUCUAUCAGUUCGACCUAUCAGGAGAACAUGGUGGCGUUUGGUUCCUGGACUUGAAGAGUGGCUCUGGCAGUGCGGGUCAGGGUCAGCCGUCAGCCAAAGCUGAUGUCAUCAUGACCAUGGACUCCUCCGACUUCAGCAAGAUGUUCGCCGGGAAGCUGAAGCCGACGAUGGCGUUCAUGUCGGGGAAGCUGAAGAUCAAAGGGGACAUGACGCUCGCCAUCAAACUGGAGAAACUGAUGGGCAAGAUGAACAAGGCCAAACUGUGAACGCCAAGCUCCGCCCCCUUCGCUGUACAUGAUGCCUUAAUGAAUAACUAAUGACUGUAACGUUUUAUCAAUAAAACCUUCUGAUACUAAAA